CUUUAUUGUUGCCGGAAGUGGGUCGCAAACUAAUUUCCGGUGGGAUGUGUAACGGUCCUAAGUUGUACCGGAAGUCUGAGGAAGGGGAUUCGAUCCUGUUUGUCCUAAGCGGGAGAGGGAUGGCUUUGUGGCCUCCGCGCUCCCAUGAUUUGUGUGCGGAGCAGCAAGAAGACCCGUCUCAGACAAACGUUCAGAUUUAUGACGGGAUUGAACUGGCUUGUCAACAACAAAAGGAAUUUGUAAAGAGUUCUGUGGAAUGCAAAUGGAAUUUAGCAGAAGCCCAGCAGAAACUUGGCAGUUUAGCACUGCACAACUCGGAGUCCCUGGACCAGGAACAUGCCAAAGCACAGACUGAGGCUGAGGAGUUGAGAUGGAGAGAAGAAGAGUGGCGGCGGAAGGAGGAGGUGUUAAAGCAAAGGGAGAGGCAGGAUCUGUGGAAUACAGAUGUUGUUAGCAAGGAGGUAUUCAAUAAGAGUUUCAUUAAUCAAAAGAAAAGGAAAGAAAUAGAAGAAGAUGCAUCUAAAUCAUUCAUGCAGAAGCAUGAGCAGAAGAUUAGGCAUUUUGGGAUGCUGAGCAGGUGGCUUGACAGUCAGAGAUUUCUCUCUGACCACCCAUACCUUGUAUGUGAAGAAACAGCUAAAUAUCUCCUUUUAUGGUGUUUCCAUCUAGAAGCUGAACAGAAAGGAGCUCUGAUGGAACAAGUAGCUCACCAAGCAGUGGUGAUGCAGUUUAUUAUAGAAAUGGCCAAAAGCUGUAAUGUGGAUCCACGCGGAUGUUUUCGUCUGUUUUUCCAAAGAGCUAAAACUGGGGAAGAAGGCUAUUUGGAGGCUUUUAAAAAUGAACUUGAAGCAUUCAAAUCAAGAGUGAGAUUUUGUUCACAGUCUCAGAAUUUUCAGGCUAUACCUGCCCAGACUCCUUUGUUUCACCCUGAUUUGAAUUGUAUAGGAGGGUUUGCAUCUUUUCCACAGAAUGCAGAAACACUUCAGGGCUGCAGUUUGAUCUCAGUGGUACACAGAGACGAAGAAGAACCCAAAAUGAUGGAUACAGUAUAGUACUCCUAAGACUGAGCCCAAGUUCUCUUAUGAAAAAAAAGAGGAACAUGGCAACUUUCUUAGACUUAUUUUUAUGGGUGCUGCACUUUAUUUUGAGUGUUUGUUUUUUGGAGAGAGGCUAUUCCAGAAACGCACUUGUCUUUUUGUUGGAUAAUGUGCUGCUAUAUGUUUGUUUUUAGGAGAGGGGAAUUCUUGUAUGUUGCUGAAUGUGGAACGAUGUUCUCUGCUACUACUAAACCUUGCCUUUUUAAUUUUAGGAAUCAAAGUAUGAAAAAUAUCUGCACAGUUGCAAUGUUUACAGUUGAUUGAUUCUAGAAGGAAUCUGCUUUAACCUUAUUAGAAAUGCCCAUGUCUCACUUGGGAUACUAAAGAUCAUUGUAAUGCAUUCUGUUGCUUGCAUAGUUGGCACUCAAAUCUGAUGUUAUCAUGAAUAGCAAUAAAUCACUGGUUGCUAUCAACUUUGCAGAUCUGGGUGGCUCAGAUAAAAACACUGGCCUUUUAACUGUACUACAGGGAUGAAAUUUUUAUUUUCUAUUUUUGGAUAAGGACAUUUUAUAUUUUGUUUUGCCACUUGUAUAUCCUGACAUGUAAGUGGCCACAGUGUCUUAAGAAUGGAAUUAUAAACAGUAUUUUCUAGAGACACACUCACAAAUAAAACUCUUUCAAACAUC